AUACUCAACCAGUUCAGUAACUUAAUUGUCUCCAUCCUACAUUCUCACACACACCCAGACACACAGACACACACUAGCUAUAAUUUCUCAUGGACGAAGAACAACAGCAACGCGAAACCGUUGCUGGUACUGUCGAUUACAGACGCCGUCCUGCUAUUCGAUCCAAACAUGGACGCUGGGUAUCUGCUUGGUUCCUCAUUUGGGUGGAGAUAGCAGAGAGCAUUGCGUUUAAUGGGAUAUCAGGAAACUUAAUGAUAUACUUAACAGACAAAUUAGGGGAGUCGACAUCAUCAGCAGCUACUAAUAUCAAUGCUUGGAAAGGAGUUGGUUUUAUCCUUCCCAUAUUUGGUGCUACUAUUGCUGAUGCUUGGGUUGGAAAGUAUUACACCAUUGUUGUUUCUUGCAUCAUUUAUAUCUUGGGACUAGCCUUGCUUACCUUUUCAACAGCAAUACCUUCUCUCAGCAAAGGAGGAAGUCAUGAACUUACAUUACAGAAAGCAGUCUUCUUUUCCGCCCUUUAUCUGGUGGCUAUUGGCAGAGGCGGCCGCGGACCUUGUGUACAGGCUUUCGGGGCUGAUCAGUUUGACGGAGACCACGCCAGAGAGAAAAAGGCGAAAAGCUCUUUCUUCAACUGGUGGAAUUUCGGUACUUCUGUAGGUGCUUUGUUAGGUCUCGUUGUUUUAAGCUAUAUUGAGGAUAACCUCAGUUGGGGUCUGGGAUUUGGAAUCCCUUUCAUUAUCAUGGUGUUUGGAUCCCUCUUAUUCUUGCUAGGAACUAUAACUUACCGUUUCCCUAUCAAAGUUGAAACCGAAAGCCCAUUCAGAAGGAUUGGGAGAGUGUUUGGUAGAGCAGCAAAAAACCGGAACCUCGAUCUUCCUUAUCCUGCACAGCAAGGUAGACAGCAGCUCCGACAGCUGAGAUUCCUCGAUAAAGCCUUACUUGUACGUGAUGGUGACGUUGCAGCUUGCAACGAGGGUGAAGUAGAAGAAGCAAAGGCAGUACUUAGACUAUUACCAAUAUGGGCAAUGAGUUUCGUGUUAGCAAUUGUGUUUGCACAGAGUGGGACUUUAUAUAUAAAACAAGGCAACACAAUGGAUAGGUCGAUUGGAAAGCUGAAAGUACCAGCAGCAGCUUUGCAGGGUGUAAUGGCAGUAACUAUGCUUAUCAUUGUACCUAUUUAUGAUAAACUAUGUGUACCUGCAAUCAGAAGAUUAACAGGAAAGCCUAACGGAAUAACAACACUUCAGAGAAUCGGAGUUGGGUUGUUCAUAACGAUUAUGACAAUGGCGGUUAGUGCUAUAGUAGAGGCGAAACGGCUACAGAUUGCUGUGCGACAUGGUCUCAUUGAUUUGCCAGAUGCAACCGUGCCAAUGAGUAUUUGGUGGUUGCUUCCUCAGUUUGUGUUGUUUGGAUUCACAGUUUUGUUUGCCCUUGUUGGACUUCAGGAAUUUUUUUACGACCAGGUUCCCGGCGAAUUGCAUAGCGUCGGAUUGGCGGUUACUUCGACUAUACAGGGGUUAGGGUUCUUCUUAUGUAGUUUUCUGGUAUCGUUCGUUACCAAAGCAAGCACAAUAGGUGGGAGGGAGAGUUGGAUUUCUGAUAACAUAAAUAGGUCACACCUUGAUUAUUUCUAUUGGUUGCUUGCUGGUAUAACUACCGUUGAUUUGGUUAUUUUUAUCUAUUUUGCAAAUUCAUACAAGUACUAUAAAAGGCAAGGUUCUGCAGAAACGGAAUAACUGUAACUCUGUCUUAGUGUGAUACGGUCUCAUCCAAUACUUGACACAAACAAGGCUCAUCUUUCCAAGGUUUGAAAUGUAAGGGCGGAUACAUGGUGUGAGUGAGAGUCUAGAGAUCUAUUGAAGAUUUUAUGAAUGUAUUGAUUCUCUUUCUAAUUGUUUUGCUGGUCACUGGUGUAAAUAUGUUGUUAGAGAUUGAAUUUAUCAAAAAUACUAAGAAAUACUGCAUUUGAUGGAUUACAAAAACUUAUAUCAAGUAUAACAAUCUUAUUUAUA